AUGACGGACGGACGAUAUCGAAGUGAGCUCGAUGAAGACGACGACGGAUUUGAGGACUGUUCCACUGGCGGAAUGCGGCCAAAGUACAAGAUACCGAUUCUGCUAAGAGAAUUGAAAGAAGACGUCAUUGAUGCGAUAUGCGAGUCGGAACAAAACGUUUUGUGCUGUGCCGCUUGUGAUUUCAAAUUCGGAAGCUUCGAUUCGCUCAAAGCGCACACUGAGACGUGUUCCGGGGAGCCGCCAGAAGGAGCAAACUUUUAUGUGAGUGUUCGAAUGAGAAAUUAACUAAAGUAUGCAAAACUAUUGAAACAUCGAUCUAGUUGAACUUCCAAAACGCUAUUUGAGCGCUUUCCGCUCGUUGCAGUUAUGUUUUUCCUCCCAUGAAAACGUUUGCUAUGACGAGUAAGAAAAAAAUUGGAAUAUCCUGCUACUGCGCUCAGUUAGACGUGAUUCUGUUCAACAAAUCGAUUCAGUUCUGUUAAUUUAUCUUCUUUUUUUUUGCAGAAAGAAUCACAGUAUCACACGAACGCGUUGAUCCUGGCUCUCAAGGAAAUGUUCGAGACGGGAACAAGCGGUUUGAACCCGUUGAUGACCGAGACUCGACUGCCGUUUCACAUGGAGCCGUUCGCCGAUUUGCACGGCGAACAUGACAAGCGUAUCGUCGGGCUUCUUGCAGUUGUCACGUGUCGGAUGUGCAAGUGCCAGUUCAUCCAUCGAGCCAAGCCUGUCCCAAAGCCCGACAAACCGAAAGGACUAUUUGAGGAUAUUGUUGUGUACGACCCGUAUCUGAUACGACACCACAUCAAGUUCUGCCCGGAGUACAUGUCGAAUUGUCAUCAGUUUUUGGUAUGUUUUUGCUUUGUCCCAGCCGGAUUCGGAAAAAAAACCACGCCGAUGGAAUACUUUUCCGCAUAGCUCGUUCAGUUUCGAUGGAAAUCGACUGAGACUUGGCAGGAAGCUCAACAGCAUUCAUGAAUGUGUGCUGACCAUAUUAGAGAUCAAUUGGACUGUUUUUGAAAUGUUCAUGAUCGAUUUUCUCAAAAAAAUUACUUUUGGAUCUCAUUCGGUCAGUUUUGAAUUUGAUCGUUUCUCGUAGUUCCGACUGCGUCAUUCUGAUCGUCCGUAUUGCAGGAUCUGAUGAAACCGUCGGUCGACAAAGUCCAGACACACUACGAAAAACUGUUCGAGUGCUAUUGUGCAAUCAGAUCGGGCAUUUACGGCGCCGGAUUCCAAACUCGGAAGAACUCGGAUCCUUGUGGCUGGCGUGAAAUGGAAACGAUUUACGAGGUGGACGAGUCGACGAGAGAGAAUCUGGAUGAGAGCGGACCGUCUGAUCAAUUCUUGCUGGCCGUCAAUCGCUUACGAUCAUUCCACAUCCAACUCCAUAACAUCGAACCGGAAUUUGUCGAUUUCAUCCGAGAAGAGUAUAGCGAGCGACUCGGCGAGGCUCUCGACAAGAUUUUCUAUGCCAGAGUAACUGGAUUAUCCAUCUGA